CCGCUGACUUUGACAAAUUGCUUUUCAUUGGAAAGUAAAAGUUUGCUAAAAAACGAGGUUUUUUUGACUGAAAAGUAAAAACAACAGAAAUGGAAGAAGAUGUCAAUGAAAUGUUCGAACAAAUAUUACGAGACUCAUCAAAAGAUGAUGAAAUUAUCACUGAUGUUGAAGAUUUAGAGCAAGAAGUGUUGGAUUUUAUCAUAGAUAAUGUCGAUAUCGGCAAAGUUUUGGAAGAGACUUCACAAGAUGCCCCUGAAAUGGAUUUCAACAUAAUGACAGAAGAGUCAUGUGUUGAGUAUUUCGACGCCAUUGCACAGCAAACCAAAAUGCCCAUAAGCAUAGUUUCUUCCCAAACACUGGCCAGACAAGUCAUGAAUGUUGUAAAUACUAAAAUCAAUGAAAGUGCUGGAGAGAUUUCCCCAUUACUACAUCCAACUGUGAAGGAAAGGGUAAAGACAUUACUCAGCUUUAUAAAGCAAUUCAAGAUGAAAAGACAAAACUACUUUGAUAGCUUACAUUUUAUCCACAAUUUAUCAAGAAAGGAAAUUCCUUUGGAAUUAAUGUUCCUGCUGGAUGAAACUUCUGUCGUAAACUUUCAGACGUGCUUCGCAAGUUGGCUUGCAGACGAAGAAUGGCUUGCCGAUUUUCAAAGCAGCGUCGUCAGUCUCUGUUGUCAUGGAGAUAAAGAGGACGUGAAUGUUCGUCGUAGGAUCCUCGAAGUCGUUACGAGUAAUUUGUUACGGUUAAGUUAUCAUGGCGAAUCAAACGAGAUCACGGAGCAAGUGAAAAAAAGUUCUCGAAAAAUCCUUUCUAACAUAAUAAGAUUGUUGGAAAAACAGAUUGAAACUUUCAAAAAUGAUGAGAAAAUUGAGCAAUGGUGGAUUUGUUUCCUUGAAUUGGUGCGUAAAUGCAAUGAGAUUCCCAGGGAAACUCGACAUGAUUUUCUUCAAGAAGUCUUGACUGACUGGGUCAUGGGAUCCAACACUUCCACGUUGGAAAACGCUUUUAUUUCACAACACAAAUGGACUUUCGAACUUCUUCUUUCGUCGAUAAAAACAAAUUUUGCUCAGUUCGUGAUGGCAUUGCAAGAUAAUGAAAUCAUUCAAACGAUUGAUCAUGCUGUAGAGGCGAGUAAGUCUGACUUUAUAAACAUGAACAUUGUGUCAUCUUGACUACAGUAU